AACUUUUUGCGCACAGUUGAAACUUCAUCCCAUUCUUUCUUCUAUAUAACUUAAUGCCCCUUCUACACUCUUUGACUCAUUACACUCACAAAAAAAAACUAAACAAUGCCCAUGAUAUCUACGUCCACUCGUUCGUUUCUGCAAGUCCCACCGCCGCCGGUGAAUAUAUUUUCCUCCGGCGAUAAUCCUGUUUUAUCACCGUCUUCCGUCAGAUUCCGGCAGUCCGGUUACUUCACGACCGCCGCCGCGUCAACCUGUGCUUCCGUUGAAACCGAAUCUACCACGGCUUCAAGGUACUCGACGCUGCCUUCUAACCUUGUCCAUGCUUCUCCGGUGUCUUUUUACGAGAUUCUUGGGAUUCCGAUGGGCGCUACGAUCCAGGAGAUCAAGGCAGCUUACCGGCGAUUAGCUAGAGUUUGCCAUCCUGAUGUGGCGGCAAUUGAUCAGAAAGACUCGUCGGCGGACGAUUUCAUGAAGAUUCAUUCUGCCUAUUCUACUCUAUCGGAUCCGUACAAACGUGCCGAUUAUGACCGCCGCCUAUUCCGGAAACGCCGGAGCAUCAAUUUGUACUCCGGCGGUUGUUCUCCUUCAGCAAUGUCGGGAUUCACCGGCUAUACUCCCCGGAACUGGGAGACAGAUCAGUGCUGGUAGCUCUCUGCGUCCUCAGAUUCAGAAUUCGAAGCCUGUUGUGUAUAUUUCGUGAGGUGCAGUGGGAAAGAGAGAUUAAAAAAAAGGAAGAAACAAAAAAAGAGGAAAAAUUAGUUAGAAUUUCUCUGUUAAGUGUAUCUGAUUAGGGUUUCUAUGUUGUAUAUAACUGAAUACUAACAUGAAUUUCAUUUCUCAAAAUUCCAGUACUCUACAAA